AUGGGUAAAUUGGCCUACUUGAUGGCACUGUGCUGCCUCAGUUCAGUACUAUUGGUUGCAGCGGAAGAGGUGUUAAAUGCUGAAGUGGCCGGAACAUUUCCGGUGGAAUAUGAGCAACCAGGUGAGGAUUUCGCGCAUCCUUUACAGGAGUAUGGUGAUACUAUCAAGAGUCAAGAAGAUAAAAUUCAUCGUUUGGAGGCAGAGGUUGCGCGACUGCGGCAAAAAGAAGAGAGUCCCGAAGGCUCAGAAGAAAAUGGGGUGGUGACGCCCCAAACGAGAGAGGAAGAAACGAUGUGGCACCAAGCUGAGGUUGAGGAGGCGAGGCUGCGCCAAGCUGCAGCCGAUGCUGAAGAGGCUCAGCGGCAGCAAGGUGAGGCUGAAGAAACGGGGCAGAGCCAAUCUGAAGCCAAAGAGACAGCGCUGCGACAGGCUGAAGCUGAAAAAGCAAGUCUGAGCCAGGCUGAGGCUGAAGAGGCUCAGAGGCGGCAGGCCGAGGCUGAAGAAGCAUUGCGACGGCAGUCUGAAGUUGAAAAGGCAAAGCGACGGCAGGCUGAGGCUGAAAAGGCAAAGCGGCGGCAGGCUGAGGCUGAAAAGGCAAAGCGGCGGCAGGCUGAGGCUGAAGAGGCUCAGAGGCGGCAGGCCGAGGCUGAAGAG